AGACGGCACGCUCCACUCGACGAAAGGCACCCGGUAUAUAAGCGCUUCGCGUUUCCGCCGCAUCUCAGUGCUUUGUGAAAGUGUUGUGAGAAAGUGAAAGAUGGACUCGCAGCAGUUCAGGGAGUUCGGCAAAGCCGCCGUGGAUUACAUCGCGGAUUACUUGGAGACGGUGGAGGAGCGGCCGGUGGUGGCGGGGGUGGCUCCGGGAUACUUGGAGAAGCUGAUCCCGGAGGAGCCGCCGCAGGCCGGGGAGAAGUGGCAGGAGGUGUUGCAGGAUGUCGACAGGAUCAUCAUGCCGGGGAUCACGCACUGGACAUCGCCGCAUUUUCAUGCCUUCUUCCCGACGGCCAGCUCCUUUCCGAGCAUUGUGGGCGAGAUGCUGAGUGCCGGGUUCGGAUGCGUGGGCUUGAGCUGGGUGGCAAGCCCCGCGUACACCGAACUGGAGGUCGUCAUGAUGAACUGGCUCGGUAAGCUCCUCGGCCUCCCUGAAGAAUUCCUCAACUGUUCUGAGGGGCCCGGUGGCGGAGUGAUCCAAGGCUCCGCCAGCGAAACCACCUUUGUGGCCCUGCUAGCCGCUAAAGAAAAAACAGUCCGAGACAUACAAAAACUGCACCCCGAGUUGUCCGAAGCGGAAAUUAAAGGAAAACUCGUAGCGUACUCAUCAAACCAGUCAAAUUCCUCCGUGGAAAAAUCCGGCCUUUUGGGCUCAAUGCCCAUGCGGUUGCUACCCGUUGACGAAAAGGGACAAUUGCGAGGAGACGCGUUAGAGGAAGCCAUUCGGAAGGAUAAGGAGCAGGGGCUUAUCCCAUGCUACGUCGUUGCGAACUUGGGCACGACCCCGACUUGUGCGUUCGAUAAACUGGAGGAGUUGGGACCGGUGUGCCAGAGGGAAAAUGUUUGGCUGCACAUUGACGCGGCUUAUGCCGGCUCGGCCUUUGCCUGCCCCGAAUAUAGGUACUUGAUGAAAGGAGUUGAAUACGCGGACUCGUUCAACUUCAACCCGCACAAGUGGAUGCUGGUGAACUUCGACUGCUCGGCGAUGUGGGUCCGGGACGCCCGCCACCUGGUGGAGGCCUUCAACGUGGAGCGCAUCUACCUCAAGGACCAGCACAAAGGCCUGGCCCCGGAGUACCGCCACUGGCAGAUCUCCCUCGGCCGGCGCUUCCGCGCGUUGAAGCUCUGGUUCGUGCUCCGCAUUUACGGCGUCGACGGCAUCCAGAAGCACAUCCGGCACCAGAUCUCCCUGGCCCAGCGCUUCGAGGAGUUGGUCCGAGGCGACCAGCGGUUCGAAGUGUGCUCCUCGAGCAUGGGCCUGGUGUGUUUCAAGCUGAAAGGCGACGAUGCGUUGACCGUCAAACUCUUGGAACGCGUCCAGCAGAGGAAGAAGAUUUAUGUCAUCGCGGGACACUUUGGAGAGAGUCAUGUGAUUCGGUUUGCGGUUUGUAGUCGGUUAACGGAAAAAAGACACGUGGAUUAUGCCUGGAAUGAGUUCGCGAGCCAAGCCGAUGAGAUUCUGGGGUGCAAGGUUGAAAGGAAGAGUGAUAUCUCGAUUGAGAUUAGCAAUGCUAGGUGCCAAAAGAUAAACGAUAUUGAGAAGUCGAAGUGAGGGGUUACUAUGUGCCUGAGAUUGUUGUUUUAUUUAUUGUUUUGUAUAAGAUUUGUUAUACUGGUGGUUGCAUGAAAAAUAAAAAACAUUUGGAAUUGAA